AUGGACAACAACGAGGACAAGCAGCAACAGGGAGUCGGCGGAGCCGCGGCGCCUGUACCGGCCGCCAACGACGAGGUGAUUGAGACCAACUACGACGAAGUGGUCGACUCGUUCGAUGCCUUGAAGCUGAACGAAAGUCUGCUGCGUGGGAUCUACUCGUACGGUUUCGAAAAACCGUCUGCGAUUCAGCAGCGCGGCAUCAAGCCCAUCCUCGACAGACAUGACACGAUCGGUCAGGCUCAGUCUGGAACCGGUAAAACCGCCACCUUCGCGAUUGCCGCCCUCCAGCUGAUCGACUACAACGUGAACAACUGCCAGGUGCUCAUUCUCGCCCCGACCCGUGAACUGGCACAGCAGAUUCAAAAGGUCGUGUUGGCUCUCGGCGACUACCUGCAGGUGCGUUGCCACGCGUGCGUCGGAGGCACUGUCGUUCGCGAUGACAUUGCCAAGCUGAAGGCAGGGGUCCACAUGGUUGUCGGUACCCCCGGGCGUGUGCAUGACAUGAUGGAAAAGCGUCACCUGCGCGUCGACGACAUGAAGCUCUUCAUCAUGGACGAGGCCGACGAGAUGCUGUCGCGCGGAUUCAAGUCUCAGAUCUACGACGUCUUCAAGAAGCUCCCCCCUGAUGUGCAGGUUGCUCUCUUCAGCGCCACCAUGCCGCAGGACAUCCUGGAGCUGACCACCAAGUUCAUGCGCGACCCGAAGCGUAUCCUCGUCAAGAACGACGAACUGACCCUAGAGGGUAUUCGCCAGUUUUACGUCGCCGUCGAGAAGGAGGACUGGAAGCUCGAGACGCUCUGCGAUCUCUACGAGACUCUGACUAUCACCCAGGCGAUUAUCUACUGCAACACCCGCAGAAAGGUCGAUUUCUUGACGAGCAAGAUGUCCGAGCGCGACUUCACUGUCUCGUCGAUGCACGGUGACAUGGACCAGAAGAGCCGUGAGAUGAUUAUGCGCGAGUUCCGCUCGGGCUCGACUCGUGUCCUGAUUACCACCGAUCUGUUGGCUCGCGGUAUCGACGUGCAGCAGGUGUCUCUCGUCAUUAACUACGACUUGCCUGCGACGAAGGAGAACUACAUUCACCGCAUCGGUCGCUCGGGUCGUUUCGGUAGGAAGGGUGUGGCAAUCAACUUCGUGACCUCCAGCGAUGUGGAACAGCUCAAGGAGAUUGAGAAGCACUACAACACUCAGAUCGAGGAGAUGCCCAUGGAAGUCGCCGAGUUCUUCUAA